AUGCCGCGUGCGCGGCUCAGUGCUGGUCCAUCUGUAGCAACGCUUCGUGCUGCGACGUUUUCGACGUCGAGCGCGCGUCGUCAGGCUGCGCUAGCACCUGAUCCGCCCAAGAUGAUCAAACUCACAGUGAACGGCAAGGAGGUCGAAGUCGAGCAGGGCACUACGCUCAUUCAGGCGUGUGAGAAGGCCGGCUUCCAGAUCCCGCGCUUUUGCUACCACGAGCGUCUGAACAUUGCAGGCAACUGCCGUAUGUGCUUGGUGGAAAGCAAGGGUGCGCCCAAGCCGCUUGCCUCGUGUGCGUUCCCGGCGAUGCCGGGUCAGCAGAUCUUCACGGAGUCGCCAGUGGUCGCCAAGGCGCGUCAGGGUGUGCUGGAGUUCCUGCUGAUGAACCACCCGCUGGACUGCCCGAUUUGCGACUGGGGUGGCGAGUGUGACCUGCAGGACCAGACGAUGCGCUACGGCUCAGACCGUUCGCGUUACCACGAGAUGGCUGGCAAGCGUGCUGUUGAGGACAAGUACCUCGGCCCGCUGGUCAAGACAGUCAUGACCCGUUGCAUUCAGUGCACGCGUUGUGUGCGUUACGCCAACGAGGUGGCGGGUGUGCCGGACCUGGGUACGACAGGUCGUGGCAACCAGCUGCAGAUUGGCAUGUACAUCGAGAAGAUGCUCGACUCGGAGAUGUCGGGUAACGUUAUCGACUUGUGCCCUGUCGGUGCGCUCACGUCGCGCCCCCAUGCGUUCCAGUCGCGUCCGUGGGAGCUGAAGAAGGUCGAGUCGAUUGACGUGCUGGACGCUGUGGGCUGCAACAUUCGCGUGGAUGCGCGCGACCUGCAGGUGAUGCGUGUGCUCCCGCGCACGAACGAUGAUGUGAACGAGGAGUGGAUUAACGAUAAGACGCGCUAUGCCUGCGAUGGUCUGAAGUACCAACGUCUCACGGUGCCGCUGAUCCGCCAGGGUGACCGCUUCGUCCCGGCGUCGUGGCCGGAGGCACUGGAAGCGAUUGCGCAGGGCCUCGUGCGCAGUGGCGCGAAGGGCGACGAGAUCCAGGGUGUCGCUGGUGCGCUGGCGGAUGCUGAGUCGAUGGUGGCGCUGAAGGACCUUAUGCACCGCCUAGGCUCGGAGAACGUCCUUACCGACGAACCGAAGGGUGACGAGGUGCCGAUCAACGGCGUGGACAUCCGCUCGAACUACACGUUCAACACGAGCAUUGCGGGUCUAGACGAGGCGGACUAUGUGAUCCUCAUUGGCACGAAUCCUCGUCAUGAGGCUACGAUUAUCAACGCCCGUCUGCGCAAGAACUACCUGCGCAACGAACUCGACCUGGCGCUCAUCGGUGACAAGGUCGACCUGACAUACGAGUAUGACCACAUUGGCACGGAUGCCAAGGCCGUGGAGGAGUUGGCAGCUGGCAAGGGCCCGGCGGCCGAGCGCCUGAAGCAGGCGAAGAAGCCGCUGGUCAUUGUCGGCAGCGGUGUGGCAGACCACCCUGAUGGUGCUGCGAUCUUGAAGAGCGUGGCGACGCUCGUGCAGUCGAACAAGGACAAGAUGCUGACGCCGGAGUGGAACGGCUUCAACUUCCUGCAGCGUGCUGCCUCGCGUGUGGCGGCACGUGAGAUGGGCUACCACGGCGCAGCUGGCAAGACGAAGCCCAAGUUUAUGUACCUGCUCAACGCGGAUGAUAUCACCGCAGCUAAGAUCCCGAAGGAUGCGUUCGUGGUGUACCAGGGCCACCACGGUGAUGUGGGUGCGCAGUUUGCGGACGUAUGCUUGCCAGGUCUGGCGUACACCGAGAAGAGCACGACGUAUAUGAACACGGAGGGUCGUACACAGAUGACCCGCACGGCAGUCUCGGGUGCGGGUGCCUCACGCGAGGACUGGAAGAUUGUGCGCGCGCUCUCCGAGGUGCUCGGCGUGACGCUGCCCUACGACGAUGUGACGGCUGUGCGCGACCGCUUGUACGAUAUCUCCCCAGCGCUUGUGCGCUACGACACGCGCGAGCCGACGAGCCCUGAGGUGGCCGCGCUCGGUCUCGAGCAGCUCGCAAGUGCUCAGGCCAAGGCAAGUGGUGUGCCGCUGCACCGUCCGGUGGACAACUUCUACCAGACCGACCCUGUAUCGCGCGCCUCGCCUACGAUGGCCAAGUGUGUGCAGGCGUUUGUUCUCAAGGCCCCUUCGUUCCAGGAGAAGUGGGCCAAUGCCACAGAGACGGAGCAUGCGUCGGCGUAG